GAACUGCAUUUCAAACGGCUUCUUUCACCGAGCGCACGUCGUGUGGUAGUCGUCGUAACAGGGGCCAGUUUAGUUGGCCGUUGAAUGGAAGUGAAACUUUAACAGUCGGAUUGCUUGUCGGUUCUAUUUUGUACGAAAAACCGCGUAAAUUUGUGAUAUAUUUUAUUGUGAUUUGCUAUUUGUGGAUUAAUAAACAUGGCCACACAUUUCCGUAUUGCCAAAACCGAUGAGAAUGACGCUGCCCGUGUUCAGGCGAAGAAAGUCUUGAAAGAACCAGCAGUCGGCAAAAGAGCCGUGCUGGGAGAACUAGGUAACAAAGUUCUGAAAAAUGUGGACAAUGGCAAAUGUAAGGACGGUGUGUUCAAAUCUACCGAUGCGACAUUUAAAAACAUCAAACCCCGAGUGGAUACCCACUGGAAGAAAACCGAUGGCCCGAUAACCAUUUUCCCCGUUUCAAAACCGGUGACCCGCUCCGAUUCACUCAAAGGCCUGAACAACGUCGGACUCAAAAAACAAAGCAAAACAACGACAUCCGUUGUCGCCGCUGCCCAGAAAAAAGUGGUCCAAGUCACGAAGGGCACGGAAGUGAAGAAGGUGAAAGUGGUCAACCUGAAGCGAGAGGAAAGUCGUUUAACGCGGCGAUCGCUUACCAAACUGAAACAGCUGAAGAAACAAACUGAUAGUUCUUCCAGUACCUCGUCGUUGACAACGAAUUCCGAUGACGAUGAUGAAUAUAAAAUAGAGAAGCCGGAUUCUCCCGAUUCCCAUUCUCACAAAUUGAUCGAAGAAGUUGAGAACAUUGAUGUCAACGACGCUUGGAACCCUAUGUUGGUAUCGGAAUACGUAAACGACAUCUAUGACUAUUUGAACAGUUUAGAAGAAACGUUUGCUAUUCGGGAGAAUUUCCUCGAGAGCCAUAAGCAGAUCAACCAUAAAAUGCGCACAAUUUUGAUUGAUUGGAUCAAUGAAGUGCAAUAUCAGUAUAAACUUGAGAUUGAUACUUAUCACAUGACCGUUUCAAUCAUCGACAGGUACCUUCAGCUUGUCGUUGAUACCCCCAAAAAGGAGUUGCAACUGGUUGGUGUGACGGCUAUGUUUAUCGCCUCCAAGUACGAGGAACUGUUCCCACCAGACAUCGAUGACUUUGUCUACAUCACCGACGACACGUACAAGAAGAAACAAAUUCUCGACAUGGAGAAGCAAAUCGUGAAAGUUUUGGAUUUCCACCUCGGAAAACCGCUGCCUACACACUUUUUACGUCGCUAUUCCAAGGCUGCCAAGGCCGCCGAUAAAAACCACCUGGCGGCGAAGUACCUGAUCGAGAUGGCCAGCAUCGAUUACAGUACGGCACAUUACAAGCCGUCCGAGAUUGCAGCGGCUGCAUUGUACAUAUCGCUUAGCUUGUUCCCGGUAGCAAACAACACCGAGCUUAAAGUAUGGACCAAAACGCUUGAGCAUUACACGCACUACAAUGUGCAGCACAUAACACCGAUCGUGCAACGGUUGGCCAAGGUAGUUAAGAAUGCACCCAAGAUGAAGGUACAUGCCGUCCACCACAAGUACCAAUCCAGCAAGUUCGAGAGGAUUUCCGUGCAACCUGAGUUCCAGGGAACUGUAAUGGACCAGUUGAUAGAUGGCGAACUGAACCCCUGAUGUAGCCCAAUUUGUAUUGUAUUUAGCUAUUAUUUUUACUGCAUAUAAGUGACUUGAUUUGCCAAUAGACAAACACUCUUUUACGCCUAGGCUAUUCCAGUUUAUUUCCUCUACUGCAUUUGUUUUUACAUGUGGUUUAUUGAUUAUUCGUUUAAGAAGAUUUUAACAAUCCUAAAUAUUUUCUAAUUAUAGUUUUUGGCAAUGAUGCUAAUGAGAAAAGAGGAAAAAAUGUCUCGAGCUAGAUCUAGAAACAAAUUCACAUUAGUUGUUUUAAUUUGUGUGCUAUAAUACCGAGCAUAAUAAACUUUUUGACUGAUCAAUUGAUAAUAA